AUGAGGGUCUCCUACGUGGUCUCUCUCUGUGACCUUUGGCAGUCAUAUGACCUCUGGGUCUCUCGGUUGCUGGGCGCAUUCCACAACCCAAAACAGGUGACCAGAGGUUUUGCUGGUGGUGUUCAGACAGUAACUUUAAUUCCAGGAGAUGGUAUUGGCCCAGAGAUUUCAGCUGCAGUUAUGAAGAUAUUUGAUGCUGCCAAAGCGCCCAUUCAGUGGGAGGAGCGCAAUGUCACUGCCAUCCAAGGACCGGGAGGAAAGUGGAUGAUCCCUCCGGAAGCCAAAGAGUCCAUGGACAAGAACAAGAUGGGCCUGAAAGGGCCUUUAAAGACCCCAAUAGCAGCUGGUCAUCCGUCUAUGAAUUUAUUACUGCGUAAAACAUUUGACCUUUAUGCAAAUGUCCGGCCGUGCGUCUCAAUCGAAGGCUAUAAAACCCCUUACACUGAUGUAAAUAUCGUCACCAUUCGAGAGAACACGGAAGGAGAAUACAGUGGAAUUGAGCAUGUGAUCGUGGAUGGCGUCGUGCAGAGCAUCAAGCUCAUCACCGAGGAGGCCAGCAAGCGCAUCGCUGAGUUUGCCUUUGAGUAUGCCCGGAACAACCACCGGAGCAACGUCACGGCCGUGCACAAGGCCAACAUCAUGCGGAUGUCAGAUGGACUUUUUCUGCAGAAAUGCAGAGAAGUUGCAGAAAACUGUAAAGAUAUUAAAUUUAAUGAGAUGUACCUUGACACGGUGUGUCUGAAUAUGGUACAAGACCCAUCCCAAUUUGAUGUUCUUGUUAUGCCAAAUUUAUACGGGGACAUCCUUAGUGACCUGUGUGCAGGAUUGAUCGGAGGUCUCGGUGUGACACCAAGUGGCAACAUUGGAGCCAACGGAGUUGCAAUCUUUGAGUCGGUUCACGGGACUGCCCCGGACAUCGCGGGCAAGGACAUGGCCAACCCCACAGCCCUCCUGCUCAGCGCCGUCAUGAUGCUGCGCCACAUGGGCCUCUUUGACCACGCCGGGAAGAUCGAGGCCGCGUGUUUCGCCACAAUCAAGGACGGAAAGAGCUUAACAAAAGAUUUGGGAGGCAAUGCAAAGUGCUCAGACUUCACAGAGGAGAUCUGUCGCCGAGUCAAAGAUUUAGAUUAAGGCUCCUAAGGAUGCUCCUCCUGUCAGUCACUCCUGAUGGACAUGCCCGAGCCUGUAUUUAGAACACCCGCCGUCACGUCUGUGUUUGGUUCGCUCAUUUCUCAACAGAAUACAUUUUUAGAUCUGGCCUUUUUUUAAUGGUCAGUGCAAAGGAUGCAGCUGACAUCCCUCAACCUGCUUUCCGAGGACUUUCCCAAGUGCUUGUUGUAUUUAUUAAAUGUCUAUCUGGUAAACAUCUUUUUGUAAACUCUAAGCGGACUGUAUCAGUUGCCAUGGUUAACCAUUUUACACUUCAGUUAAAAUAGCUUUUCCUCAGCUGUAAAUAUGAUACAGAAUUAAUAAGAGAAAACAUCUAACUUUUUAAAGAAAAACCCGAUUUUCCUUUAGUUGAUGAAAAACAUAUGGACAUCAAGUCGGGUACUGGCAGAAAAGCACAAGGUGACAUUCUUAUAAAACUAAGUGGGCACGAGGCAAAUUCCUUGGGAGAGCUGAUACCCAAACAGCGAAUACGGCGUAUUUUUUAGCAAUAUGGAAAACUAAGACAAAUCUGUCCUUUAAAGGAAUUACUAAGUAUGAAUAAAAUGUCAACAUAUUCUUCAGAUCUAAGAAAUACAUAAGCAGAGAUAUAAUUUUGUUAAUAAGACAUAGAUCCUAUAUUGGGUACGAAGGCAAAAAUGAACUGUAUGUUCCAUGAUUUCAUUACCUCGAGACGGAAGAGUCUUUACGAGAGCUGUUCGUGAGCCCGGGGGUGGGUGCCUCCUUGCCAGUGGACACACUUGAAGCUUCAGGAGUGCGAAACCUCAGAGUUAGACCAGAGGAGCUGACAAUUGCGUGCGUUGACUCUUGUAUGUCACUGUCCAGCAAGGGACCAUACUCUGCCAGGGUUGACCCUGCUGAAAGGCCUGGCCACACGUCUUUUGGAUGCAGUCAAGGAACUUGGGACGCUGGCUAUUAAUGUUCUAUUCCAGCAGCUGCCCUUCCUCCUGCCCGGCCUCCAGAUCACUGCCCUCUACCCCAACAACACCAGGACAAACGGCCUUACAGAGGCGGGAGCUGUCUCAGCCUGAGUUGAUUGACAACCCUGUGCCAGGCCGGGCCUUGGGCUCAGCUUUGGACCUUUGGGCAUCUUCUCCCUGCCCCACCCCCUCUGCAGCAUGGUUUUUCUCACCGAUAGACUCUAAGUCACUAAUUCUGUGAACAGUUACCUUUCAGCCCCACAGAAAGACCCUUGGACCUCGUGUAACAUGGCGAACCUGCAGCUUUGCAUACUGUGCCCAGGUCACAAGGGGACAGCUUAAAGACAAACAUCCCCGCCUGGGUUGUUCUUCAAGCGCGUAACCAGACUUACAAUGUCAUAUGUCUUUUACUUUGUUUAAGCUGCUGCUUCCUGUUUUAUUGGGUUGUGCUAAUUACCAGUGACUCUUGGGUCCUCAGUAAUAAAGAAUUCCAAAGCA